ACAAUUUCAUAAUUAAAGAAGUAUUUUGACAGUUACAGUCGAAAAACAAAUGAAUUAUAUAAAUAUUUAUUAUAUGAAAUAACUAUGGCAACAACCAGAAUUCCUGAGCAAAAAGUUAUACUCUGCGGUGAAUAUGGUGUCGGGAAGAGUUCGAUCUUUCGACGAUUCGCAAACAAUACUUUCGUAACUCGCAGUGACAGGCAGUCUACUUUAGGUUUAGAUCACUACGAUAAAAUUUACAAAGUCGAAAAUAAAAAUAUUAAGCUUCAAUUAUGGGAUACUGGUGGCAUGGAGAGGGUUGCUUCCAUAACAUCAAGCUAUUACAAGUUUGCUGAAGCUGCAAUUUUAGUCUUCUCCUUAGAUAAUCCAGCUUCAUUCCAUGUACUCUCACAGCAUUUAUUAGAUAUUGUCACAUACGCUGAGAAUGCGAAAAUUUUUCUAUGUGGGAACAAAGAGGAUUUGGUGAAUAAUGUCUCACAAGUCUCUGAAUCUGAAAUUGAAUCUUUUUGUGAACAGUGCCAUAAUUUAAUCAACACAACAUAUAAAACAUCUUGUAAAACUGGUGUGGGAAUUGAUGAAAUGUUCGAAGACAUUGCAUAUCAGCUGGUUCAAUCAAACAGAUCAAGAAUUGAGUUGCAGUCAAUGGACAGUUCAAGUUUCAAAAUUGUUGGGCCUGCAGAGAAUUUCGAUGAUGAUUCCUGCCUUUGCUGAGGACAUUUCCGCCAUUUUAAUAUGGAUCACAUUCAUUUACAAUAUAAUCUAGUCUGUAGCUUAUAAGCUUUUGUUACAUAAACGAUCCAUGACGUCCUGAAAACUGUGAUUGUUUUCUAUCCACGAUGAUAAGAAAUGAACAAAAUUCCGAAGUUCUAAAACGGAAAUUAUUUAAAAAAUAUAAUUAACUUGC